UAGAAAAAAGCGAAAACAAAAAAGAUAUCAAAAGAAAUGAGAAAUUAAAAAAAUACUCCAAAAAAAAUAAAAAAAGAUAGAUUAAUUAAAAUGAAUGAAAUAAUAGUCGAAAGUUUGUUUCUCCCAUAAUAAUAAACUCACAAAAUAUACACUCUUCGAAGCGAAAACCCAAAAGCCCUUUUACAAGAAAUUUCAUCUUGAUUUCUUCUCUUCUGUUCUUCCUUGAUCGGCGGAGUUUUUCUCUCUCUUUCGUUUCGAUUCAUUCAUCCAUCAAUCCAUGACUAUGGUGACCCAGCCUCCUUUGGAUCAAGAAGACGAGGAGAUGCUUGUGCCCCAUUCGGAUGUCGUCGUCGAAGGUCCUCAACCUAUGGAAGUAGCUGUACAAGCAGAAGCUAAUAAUGUGGCCGAGAAUCAGGCAGCGGAGGAAUCUCAAACUUCAAGAUUUACAUGGACAAUUGAUAAUUUCUCUAGGUUAAACACUAAGAAGCACUACUCAGAUCCUUUCGUUGUUGGUGGUUAUAAAUGGCGGAUCUUGAUUUUCCCAAAAGGAAAUAAUGUGGAUUUUUUGUCAAUGUAUCUCGAUGUUGCGGAUGCUGCUGCUUUGCCGUAUGGUUGGAGUAGAUAUGCUGCUUUUAGCUUGUUAGUGGUCAAUCAAGCUCAUCAAAAGUACUCAGUUAGAAAAGAGACACAGCAUCAGUUCAACGCUAGAGAGAGUGAUUGGGGUUUCACAUCUUUUAUGCCUCUCAGUGAUGUAUAUGACCCUUCAAGGGGAUAUCUUCUCAAUGAUACUCUAAUCAUCGAAGCUGAGGUUGCUGUUCGUCGUGUCAUGGACUAUUGGGCUUAUGACUCAAAGAAAGAGACAGGCUGUGUUGGACUCAAAAAUCAGGGAGCAACUUGCUACAUGAAUUCCCUUCUGCAAACUCUAUAUCAUAUUCCUUAUUUCAGAAAGGCUGUCUACCACAUGCCAACAACUGAAAAUGAUAACCCUACUAAUAGCAUCCCUCUGGCUUUGCAAAGUUUAUUCUACAAGCUUCAAUAUAACGAUACAAGUGUCUCAACUAAAGAAUUAACAAAGUCCUUUGGAUGGGAUACAUAUGAUUCUUUCAUGCAACAUGAUGUACAGGAACUCAAUAGAGUUUUGUGUGAGAAGCUUGAAGAUAAGAUGAAGGGAACUGUUGUGGAGGGAACUAUUCAAAAAUUGUUUGAAGGGCAUCAUAUGAACUAUAUUGAAUGUGUCAAUGUAGACUAUAAAUCCACGAGGAAGGAAUCAUUUUAUGAUCUUCAGCUGGAUGUCAAAGGUUGUCGAGAUGUGUAUGCUUCAUUUGACAAGUAUGUGGAAGUCGAGCGUCUGGAAGGCGAUAAUAAAUACCAUGCCGAGGAACACGGUUUACAGGAUGCUAAGAAAGGUGUUCUGUUCCUUGAUUUCCCUCCAGUACUUCAGCUCCAACUCAAGAGGUUUGAAUAUGACUUUAUGAGGGAUACUAUGGUAAAGAUCAAUGAUCGCUAUGAGUUUCCGCUUCAGCUUGACCUUGACAGAGAAAAUGGGAAAUAUUUAGCCCCUGGAGCUGAUAAGAGUGUUCGAAACCUAUAUGUACUUCACAGUGUUUUGGUACAUAGUGGCGGAGUCCAUGGCGGGCAUUAUUAUGCUUUUAUCCGGCCAACUCUUUCUGACCAAUGGUUCAAAUUUGAUGAUGAGCGGGUAACUAAAGAGGAUAAUAAGAGGGUAUUAGAAGAGCAAUAUGGUGGUGAAGAAGAGUUGCCACAGGCAAAUCCAGGGUUUAAUAAUGCGCCUUUCAAGUUUACAAAAUAUUCAAAUGCGUAUAUGCUUGUGUAUAUACGUGAGAGUGACAAGGAGAAAGUGGUUUGUGACGUGGAUGAGAAAGAUAUUGCUGAACACCUUCAGACAAGAUUGAAGAAGGAGCAAGAAGAGAAAGAAGACAAGAGGAGGUACAAAGCACAGGCGCAUCUAUUUACUAUCAUCAAGGUUGCAAGAGAUGAUGACCUUGCAGAACAGAUUGGAAAGGAUAUUAAUUUUGAUCUUGUAGAUCAUGAUAAAGUUCGCAGUUUUCGUGUUCAAAAGCAGACGCCAUUUAAUCAAUUCAAGGAGGAGGUUGCCAAAGAAUUUGGUAUACCUGUUCAAUUUCAGCGAUAUUGGAUCUGGGCAAAGCGCCAAAACCACACUUAUCGGCCUAAUCGACCUUUGACAGCACAAGAAGAAACCCAAGCUGUAGGGCAAUUGAGAGAGGCAUCAAAUAAGAUGCACAAUGCAGAACUAAAGCUGUUUCUGGAAGUAGAGAUAGGGCCGGAUCUUCAACCGAUUGCUCCUCCAGAAAAAACAAAGGAUGAAAUCUUGCUCUUUUUCAAGCUUUAUGAUCCUGAAAAAGAAGAACUCCGAUAUGUAGGUAGGAUUUUUGUCAAAAGUACUGGUAAACCAGCUGAAAUUUUGAAUAAAUUAAAUGAGAUGGCUGGCUUUGCUCCUGAUGAAGAUAUUGAACUUUUUGAGGAGAUAAAGUUCGAACCAUGUGUCAUGUGUGAGCCCCUUGACAAGAGAACAUCAUUUAGGCUGAGUCAGUUGGAAGAUGGUGAUAUUAUCUGUUACCAGAAAGUUCCUCCCAUUGAUAGUGAGGAGCAAUACCGUUAUCCUGAUGUACCAUCGUUCUUAGAGUAUGUGCACAAUCGUCAGGUUGUCCAUUUUCGAUCUCUGGAGAGACCCAAAGAAGAUGAUUUCUGCCUUGAAUUGUCAAAAAUAAAUACAUAUGAUGAAGUUGUUGAAAGAGUUGCUCAGAGACUUGGUCUAGACGAUCCUUCAAAGAUUAGGCUGACAUCUCAUAAUUGCUAUUCUCAGCAGCCUAAACCUCAGCCUAUCAAAUAUAGAGGAGUAGAUCAUUUGUCUGACAUGCUGGUUCAUUACAAUCAGACUUCUGAUGUGUUGUAUUAUGAAACACUUGACAUUCCUCUGCCAGAAUUACAAGGACUAAAAAAUCUUAAAGUAGCAUUUCAUCAUGCCACAAAAGAUGAGGUGGUAAUUCACAAUAUUAGAUUACCGAAGCAGAGUACUGUUGGUGAUGUAAUUGAUGAAUUAAAGACAAAGGUGGAUUUGUCACAUCCUGAUGCAGAGCUCAGAUUACUUGAAGUUUUUUACCACAAGAUUUACAAGAUUUUUCCAUCUAGUGAAAAGAUUGAAAAUAUAAAUGACCAGUACUGGACGUUGCGUGCAGAGGAGAUCCCUGAAGAUGAAAAGAACCUUGAACCUAAUGAUCGUUUGAUGCAUGUCUACCAUUUUACUAAGGAGACCGCACAGAAUCAGAUGCAAGUGCAGAACUUUGGGGAACCCUUUUUCUUGGUCAUUCGUGAAGGUGAAACACUAGCUGAAAUUAAAGUGAGAAUACAGAAGAAGUUGCGUGUUCCUGAUGAAGAAUUUUCCAAGUGGAAGUUUGCUUUUUUGUCGCUGGGUCGGCCAGAGUAUUUGCAGGAUACUGACAUUGUAUCCAGCCGUUUUCAGAGGAGAGAUGUUUAUGGUGCCUGGGAGCAGUACUUGGGGUUGGAACAUACUGAUACUACUCCAAAAAGGGCUUACACAGCAAAUCAGAAUCGUCACGCAUAUGAGAAGCCAGUAAAAAUAUACAACUGAUUUGAUGAGCUAGCCAUAAACAUGCAAAACAUAUUUAAUGCCUUUUCGCCAAUGGAUCAAAUGGAAUAUACAAAAAGGGAUGGGCUAUAGCACACCUGGAACUACAUUAGAGGCAUGCUUUUAACUGUUUUUCAAUUGGAUGAUGUAUUUGUAGGGAAUCAGCUUCAAGCAGCGCGAUGGAAGUGAAUUUUCCCAGUUUUAGGGCUGUCCCCUUGGUGCAUGCAAUCUUGUUUGAGCUUUUCUGAUGAUUCUCUAUCUCCUGUUCGACAUUGGUUAUCUUAGAGGAGAGGCUGUUGAUGUAUUGAGUCUCGUGUAAUUUUAGAAGUAUAUAAGAUUUUGGAAAAGGCUUGUAAAUUGGUUAUAGUAUUGUCAUUUCUUUUUUUUUUUUUUUUUUUUUUUUUUUUUUUUUUUUUUUUUAAUCCUAACUCUUGGGUUAGUGCCAUAAGUAUUAUGGGUCUUGUAUAAUGGCUGGUUGGAUGCAAUGGCUGAGAAUGCCUGAUUUUUAAGGAUUAUGUAAAGAGAACAGUACCGGCGAAUUGUAGUUUAAGUUAUUACACAUCCAAUGAAGUGCUUAUUAUCUCAAUCAAAUGUUUUUGCUUUUGCCGGGAA